GGGGCGGGCACGGCCGGCUGACUGACAGCUCCCGCGGCUGUCGCCUCGGAAGGACCCGGCUCGCAGGCCCGCGCAGUGGCCGCAGCGCGGAGCCCGGAGGCGCCCGCUCGCUCCCCGGUCCGACCGGUCGGCCGGCGCCCGCCGCGAUGACUUAGGGCGCGAGAGCCGCCCCAGAGGACGCCUGGUGGCCGGCAGCGCCCGAGCAGCUCCUGUGCGUGGCCUCCAGCUCCCACUGACGCCCCCGGGAACGCGGUCCGCCGGCCCUCCCGCCUGGAAUCCCCCCCAAACCAUGGAGGCCCCGGAGGUGCCCGUGGGCGCGCUGCUUGACUUCAGGACUGAGCCAGCCGCGCCCUCGCCCCUGGAGGCGUUGCCUCCGAAGCUGCAGGAUGGGGACAGCUCGCAGGGCGACGGGGCUUCGGAGAGCGAGACCACGGAGUCCGCGGACAGCGAGAAUGACAUGGGCGAGUUGCCCUCACACCCGUCCUGGGACCAGUACCGCCGCUCCUCCUCCAACGAGUCCUUCUCUUCCAACCAGAGCGCCGAGUCGGCCGAGGACGAGGAGACCCAGGAGCUCCGGGAAUUCAUGCGCGGCUACGUGGACAAGAUCUUCUCUGGCGGGGAGGACUUGGACCAGGAGGAGAAAGCCAAGUUUGGGGAGUACUGUAGCAGUGAGAACGGAAAAGGCCGGGAGUGGUUUGCUCGAUACGUGAGCGCCCAGCGCUGCAAUUCCAAGUGCGUCUCAGAGGCGACCUUCUACCGCCUGGUGCAGUCUUUCGCCGUCGUCCUGUUCGAGUGCCACCAGAUGGACGACUUCGGGCCUGCCAAGAACCUCAUGACCAUGUGCUUCACCUACUACCACAUCGGCAAGCCGCAGCUGCUGCCCCCCGAGUCCAAGGAGAAACCCACGGGGAGCAUCGACUCCUACCUCAAGUCCGCCAACAGCUGGCUGGCAGAGAAGAAGGACAUCGCCGAGCGGCUGCUGAAGAACACGUCGGCCAAGACAGAGAACGUCAAGGGCUUCUUCGGGGGGCUGGAGACCAAGCUGAAGGGACCCCUGGUCAGGAAACAAGAGGAGGAGGAGAGCAAGCCCAAGGAGAAGCCGCAGAAGACCGUGACCGUGUGCAGCCCGGAGGAAGAGAGGAAGGGGGAAAAGAUCUACCUGUACACACACCUGAAGCAGCAGCCCAUCUGGCACACGCUGAGGUUCUGGAACGCGGCUUUCUUUGACGCUGUGCACUGUGAGAGGAGAAAACGGUCUCCCACCACCAGAAUGAAACCAUCGGGACCCCCCCAGGCUCCACUCUGCCUGUCGCUGUAAGAAAUCAGAAUCCUGAGCACGACCCGCGGCCACAAGACUGUGGGGCGCAGGACCGGCCGCCCCCGCCGCGGACUCUGCUCAGAGAGCUGAUGUCUGGAGACACGGCUGCUACAUUCAGCUUUGCACCUCUGGUCUGCAGCCUGAACAGACCUCCCCAGCAUCCCCGAGGGUGGUCUUGCCACGUCAGGAGACCCCUUUUGUAAACCAUUCCAUGGAGGCACCGAGGCUGGAGGUCACUGCCUCUCUGGCCACAGCGAGCCAACAUUGCCCACUGUGUAUGGCGGCUGGGCAGGAAAGUGCGGCAGAGCCCUCCCGGUCCCGCGUCCCCGUAUCGGCCCCCUCCCCAGUCAUGGGACCCUGAAGCCCCUGAACCUCUCUAACCGGGGGGAGACCCCCCCCCACCCCCAGUCACUCUCCCUGGCAGGAGGGAGCACGUGCGUGCCGUUUAAGACCGGUCCGCUAGCACUGGGGGGAUCCCAAGUGCAGCCUUUCUUUUUGGGGGGCAGCUCACCUUGACGGGGCGGGGUGGCCUGCGGCGUGCUGCGGCUGCCUUUCCCGAGGGAGGCGGAGGGAGCACGCCGAGCGGGGAGAUGCUGGAACCAUCCGGGAGACUCUAGAGAGAGAAUUCCACGCUCUGCCAGGAAGCCAGGCUGCAGGAAAUGCUUAGAUGCUUGUAGGCGGACGGGGUCUCCUCUUGCCGCUUGUGUAGCUGUCGGGCCCCCAGCGGACGAACAGUCUCGAGUACCCCGUCUCUCUGCGUCUCUCUGUUUCUGCCUGUAAUAACGCUCCCCUUUCGCUGUUCUCUUUUUUCCAUCCACAUAUCUUGCAUGACUUUGACAUGUUCCUCUGUUUACCUGUUUCUGCUGCCG